CAUUUUCAAACAUGGUGGCUUAGUACUUUUUAGGUUAAAUUUAUAAAAAUUAUGAUAAUAGAAGACACUUAGUUAUAUAAGGAAAAAUGAAGCAUGUAAUGGAAUCAAUACUUCUAGGUGUGACUGCUAUACUAUGUGCGUUAUUGCUGAUAAAAAUACUAUACAAUUUGCGGACGACUUUAUCAUGGCGAGUAAAUUGCUGGUUUUGCAACAGCAAUUUCUGGGUGAAAUUCAUUGAAAGAAAUAGUUGGAUUUGUCCUCAAUGCGAGCAGUACAAUGGGUUCACUAAGGACGGUGAUUAUAAUAAGAAACUAUGCGAAGAUAUUGAAGAGAAACACAUAAAUGGGUUACACAGAACUCCUCCAAAGAAUGGUCUUUGCAAGAUGUGCAACAUCAACCAACAACUCAAAGUAACACAAUUGGCUAACUUUGUGCCCAUGAAUGAAAAAAAUUUCGAUGGCGAAAUAGAACUAUACAGGGUCCAGCUAGAGAAAGCAUAUAAAUUAUGCUCUCCAUGCAAAAAAGUAGUACAAAGCAAGUUGCAUAAAGAGAAGGAAAAGCUGCUAGAAGUGAAGCUUCUAGAAACAAGAACACCAGAGAAAAAAAAUACAAGAAAUGAUAAACAAAAUGAAAUGGUCGGCAACAUUAUAAGUGGCACUUCUUUAUUAAUAGCGAGCAUCCUUAUUAUAAUGUUAUCAAUAGAAUGCUAUGAAAAUGCAAAGAAAAGAAAGGAUUUAUUUAAAACAAUAGAAAAUUUAAAAGAAAUAUUACACAGUUUGACGCACAGAGUACUAUCUAUAGUGAAAAUGAAGAUGCUUAUGACUUUCCCUGCCUUAGAAGAUUUGAAUAUAAAUGACACACUUUAUUUGGGUACUUUAAAUUUAAAUAAUGAAUACAAUGACAUAGCACAGCAAGCUUUGGGUGGUUUUGUAUGUAUAUUACAAAUUGUUGGACAUGUAUCAAACACAAAUAGAGGAUAUAGCACUGUUACUGAAUUGCUGUGGACCGUCUUCGUGGCGGUCACAGUUGCCGACAAAUAUUUACACAAGGAUAAACUUGUUAUGAGUAUAAUAAAGUUUUGCAGUAUUUUUGCUAUAAUAGUGAUUUAUAGAAGCAAUAAAAAUUCUUCAACUAAAAAUAUUACCAGAAGACAUGCACCAAAGAAUUUGACAAAAAAUAAUUUAAAGACAUCAUUUAAUAGAGUUAUUGAUGAAGAAGAUAGUCUAUCUUUGGAUACGGAUGAUGAUGUUUCACUGAGCAAGUUCGGACUGCACAAUUUCUCGGAUUCCUCCCAUGAAAAUUCUAGUGCCCUCAACAAUAGUAUUAUGAGUGGGAGAUCAUUCACACCUAGGAAAAGCACUCUGUGGACUAAACCAAAGCACAACUCCACUUUUUCUAUUAACUCCAUGUCUCAAAGUCCAAAUAAUACAGUAUUUGUUAAGCCUUCCUUUAAGAAAUACCAAAAAUUAGGCGAGGAAUCUGACUCUGAUUUAGACGAGAGCAUAAGUUCCCUAUGUAUAAGUAGUCCUAAGAAAAAAUCUUCGAAGAUCAAUCCUGUGUUUGAGCUUCGCAAGUUUACGGCAUCACCAAAUUUCGUCGCUCCGACACCAAUGAACAGGGGCAGGCCCCUCAUAUCUCCGAGUAAGCUAGCUCACGGCACCUCGUGGGUCGCCGGCGGCUACUGGGGCUCUGAAGGAGAAAGGCAAAUAUUCAAUGUUAACGGAAGCAGGUCUUCCAGUCAGAGCUCAGGCUUCGAGUCCCAGGCGUCGAGCAAUCAGCGCAACCUAUUUUCGCAGCCUCCUUCUCGCGAGGAGUCGGUUUGUAGAGAACCGGAGAAACCUUCCGUGAUGCUGGAUCGUUUCCAAAACUUUAACUUUAAUAACUUUCAGAGUCCUCCAAGCUUCACUCCCGUGAGCUCGCCCGUGUUUCCUUCUAUGCAGUACAAUAGUCACGUACAAAUACCUCAGCCACGCUUCGCUCAGAACUAUGUUUCUCAGAGCGUAUUCUCUCAGCACGGCACUGUGCAUAACAUGUUCAAGGCCCCUAGCGGGUCCCGACUGAUCAAGCUGCCUCAGGACUCUUUUAUGUCCCACUAAUGCUCAACAGCUAGUCAGUAUGACGUAUUUUUUUUAACUAACCUCCGCCGUUUUUGUCGUUCAAAUGAUUUAUUUUUUGUAUUUAGUUGUAUAAACUGCCAACGUAGUAAGUUAAGGAUCUUGUUGUAUCGCGUAGUCUGUAAGUGGUUACUAUUUUAUGUUUGACAUAAUACAUAGUGGUAAGAUUCUGAUCUCGUGUUGGUGCCAGCCCGGCCACCCCGUGUCAGGUGAUGGCUAUGUGAAAGCAUUAAGAAUUAUUAUAGUUAUUAUUUUUAUAUGGACGUCACUGUCCUUUAUCUGAACAAAAUGUGAUAUGUAAAGACUAGUAAUUUUUGCUAAUGAAGAAAAUGAUUCUUGAUGUUUAUCAUCGUUUCGAUUUCGUCAUCUUAAAGCGAAAUGUUUUUGUGAAGCUCCUAAAAUAAAAGCGCAAAAAUAUAA